ACAGUCCUGCAGGCAUUAUUUUGGACCGUGUCAAAUGACAAGUUAGUCACACUAAAGGUGCAGCUCUCAUUCAACUAUCUAGUCCACAUGUCUUUGGGUCCCCCCUCGGGCAGAAGCAGCUGGCAUCUUGACAGUGCUGUUAUCCAUAAAAGCUCCAGCAGCAGCAGACAAUUGCACCAACCAUUGACUCCACCAGCAGAACUUGCCUCCCGAACCCUUUCUCUCUCACUCGCAGGAUGGCUGCUUCUCUCUCUGCAGGCAAGCAUGAGACUCUCCCAGGGCCGGUGCAGGACACCCAACAAAGUGUGAAGGAGCGCGGCCAGUGGGAUAGCAAAAUGGAGUUUAUUCUAACUGUGGCUGGCGCUAUUAUUGGACUUGGAAAUAUAUGGAGAUUUCCCUAUCUUUGUUACAAGAACGGUGGGGGGGCGUUCUUCAUCCCGUACAUCCUGUACCUGGUGACCUGUGGCAUCCCUCUGUUCAUCCUGGAAACGGCUCUGGGCCAGUACACUAGCCAGGGUGGCAUCACCUGCUGGAGAAAGAUCUGCCCGGUGUUUGAAGGAAUGGGCUAUGCCGCCCAAGUGAUUACUAUAUAUGGAUGUAUGACCUACAUUGUGAUUCUGGCGUGGGCUUUCCUCUACCUAUUCUCAUCCUUCAGUGUUGACCUGCCAUGGGCAAACUGCAACAAUGCCUGGAACACAGAUGCUUGUGUGACAUUUGGCAACAAGAAUGCCAGCAGCAAUUGGACUGGUUCUCUCCUGAAUUCGUCAUCUUCCGUUGUGGAGUUUUGGCAGCGGCGAGUGCUGCGGAUAUCAGAUGGGAUUGAGUCCUUGGGAGGUAUUAGAUGGGAGCUGGCUCUUUGUCUUCUACUGUCAUGGAUUGUCUGUUACUUCUGUAUCUGGAAAGGAGUGAAGUCUACUGGGAAGGCAGCGUACGUCACGGCUACCUUCCCCUAUGUCAUGCUAGUGGUGUUAUUCGUCAGAGGAGUGACCCUUCCAGGAGCUAAAGAUGGCAUCUUCUACUACUUGUAUCCCAAUACAACACGGCUAGCUGAUCCACAGGUUUGGAUGGAUGCAGGAACGCAGAUAUUCUAUUCUUACGCCAUAGGCCUGGGCUACCUGACUUCUCUUGGAAGCUACAACAAAUACAACAACAACUGUUACAAAGACUCCUUCUACCUGUGCUUGUUGAACAGUGGGACCAGCUUUGUGUCUGGUUUUGCCAUCUUCUCCAUACUGGGUCAUAUGGCUCGAGAACAGGGUGUGGACAUCUCUGUGGUUGCUGAGUCAGGUCCUGGCCUGGUGUUCAUAGUGUACCCCCAGGCAGUGUCCCUGCUCCCCUGCCCUCAGUUCUGGGCUGUCUGUUUCUUCACCAUGAUCAUCCUAUUGGGAGUGGACGGCCAGUUUGUCGGCCUUGAGAGCCUAAUGACCUCAGUAACGGACGUCUACCCAAACCUCAUCAGAAAAGGCUACCGGAGGGAGAUGCUGCUGCUGCUCAUCUGCUGCUGCUGCUACCUGGUCGGACUCAUCAUGGUCACAGAGGGUGGCCUCUACAUCAUCCAGCUGUUUGACCAUUAUGUGUGCAGUGGUGCCACUCUGCUGCUCCUCUCCAUAUGCCAGUCACUCAGUAUUGGAUGGAUAUAUGGUGCUGAACGCUUCUGUGACAACAUUGAGGAUAUGAUUGGCUAUAGGCCCUCCUCCCUGGUCAAGUAUUGUUGGCUCUACAUUACCCCUACUAUCUGCACAGGAACCUUUGUAUUUUCCCUGCUGAAGUACAGCCCUUUGAAGUUCAACAACACAUAUUUGUACCCAUGGUGGGCCUACUGGCUAGGCUGGUUCUUGGCUAUGUCCUCCUUAUCUCUCAUCCCCAUCACCAUGGUCUACAAAUUGUACUGGGGCAAAGGGACUUUCUGGCAGCGCCUCCAGACAAUCUGUCGGCCAGCAGAUGACCUUCCUAUGAUGAUGAAGGAGGAGAUGGUAGGUCUCUAUGCUCUGGACCAUGUUACUGACGAUGAGAAGACAUACAGCAAUAAUCUAUAGACUGACUAUUCUACUACUAGUUUUGGGGCUGGUUUCCCAGACACAGAUUAAGCCUAGUGGGACUGAGACCAUGAUUUUUCGUCCAGGACAAGGCUUAAUAUGUGUCCGGGAAACCAGCCUUUUUUUGUUGUCUAUUUUUGUAACUUAAAAAAAAAAUAUAUAUAUAUAUAGAUACACACACACAGUGUCAAGAAAACGUAUGUGAUCCCUUUGGAAAUACCUGGAUUUCUGCAUAAAU